UGUGUGUGCAGACAAAUUCUGGAAUAAGUAUUAAUCAUCAGCUCCUCGGUUACACAAAAUGUAUUUAUUUCCAGCUGAAUAGAGGUGCAUGGAUGAGGCUGUGCUGCUACGACUGCUGGCUGCUCAGCUGGUGCUUUUAAGAUGCACUAAAUUUAACUGCAUUUGCUGAGAAGCCUGCUUGGAAUUUUUCUCUGGAAAUUUCCCCCACCUGGCCUUGCUUCGUGCUGCUGAGCAUCACCCGUGCCCCCGGGCCGUGACGCUGCCCCAGAAGGCAGGCUGCCUGGAGUGCUAAAUGGGAACACGGUGUUUGCUCUCUGGUUUUGCACUGUUUGCCGUUGGGUUUUCUAAUGGCCUCAGGCAGAUGAAACACCACUUCGGGUUCUCGGUCAAAGCUGAGCCCCCGAAUCUCUUCCUUUCCAUUUAACCUUUUUGUCAGCUGUAAAGCACAAAUUCAUUUUCCUUCCAUCAGGGUUAGUUUGGUUAAUUGACCUGUGGGUUUAGCUGAUAAAGCUCCCUAAAACAUCAUACAUUUUGCCGUGCUUAAACAAAAAGGGAAGAAAUCAAUACAGAGUCAGUUAUAAUGGGGCUACUUCUCGUCUCUGAGUGAGAUGUUAUCUCUGGUGGCCUGGCUGCCUUCGGACCAGCUGCAGAGCCCUGCCCCAGCUGCCCCCAGCACCCAGCUCUCGCCCUGCCUGUGCUGCUGGGCAGCGUCUGGGCACCUCUCAAAGGGCUGAGCACCUCCCAAAACCCGAGGUACUUAAAGGGUGGGGGCCACAACUGGGGUGAUGGUGGUGUGGGGGGUAUGACACGCAGUAAAUGCUGCGCUGCUCUCUCCUCACUUGCUGCUGUGCAAAGCCCAGACACCAGCCCUGUGGCUGGCCCACUGUGGCUCUGGUUGAUGUGAUGGAUACGCACAAGGGCAACUGUGCAGAUGUUUCUUGGCUUUCGGGGGCCCAUUCCCACUACACGGUUAUAGCUGGGGAGUGUGGGCUGUCCCAUAGCAGGGCUGUCGUUCCAGGAUGAUCUGUUAUUUCAGACCCGUGGACCCUCGGAGCAGGAGAUGUCGGCUUCCAAUAGGACUGGGCCCAGUCCCCUGACCUUCAUCCUCACUGGGAUUCCUGGUCUGCCCAUGAGCAGCUACUGGAUGGCAUUGCCUCUCUGCUGUCUGUAUCUCCUCAUGCUCCUGGGGAACUGCACCUUGCUCUGGAUGAUAAAGACCGACCACAGCCUCCACACACCCAUGUACUAUUUCCUCUCCAUGCUGGCCAUGGCAGACCUGGGCUUAUCUCUCACCACCCUGCCCACCAUGUUGGCUGUUUUCUGUUUCAAGUCCACCUCCUUCCACUUUGAGGCGUGCAUUGUCCAGAUGUACUUCAUCCACUCCUUCUCCGAAAUCGAGUCUGGGGUCCUGGUGGCCAUGGCCUUCGACCGUUUCAUGGCUAUUUGCUACCCUUUGCGCUACGCCUCUGUCCUGACCAGCACCCUGAUAAUGAAGGCAGGAGCAGCGAUCUUCGUGCGGGGCAUCUGUGUGGUGCUCCCUGUUGCUGUCCUCAUCAAGAAGAUGCCUUUUUGCAGGUCCCGUGUCCUGUCUCACUCCUUCUGCCUGCACCAGGACCUGCUGAGGCUGGUUUGCGGGGAUGUCAGGGUCAACAGCGUGUACGGGCUGACCAUGGUGAUGCUCACCAAAGGCCUGGACUCCCUGACUAUCCUCCUGUCUUACACGAUGAUCAUCAGGGCCAUCUUGAGCAUCAUCUCCCAGGAAGCACGAGCCAAAGCCUUCAGCACGUGCAUCUCCCACCUCUGCGCCAUCCUGAUCUUCUACAUCCCACUCCUUGGCCUGUCUGUCAUGCACAGGUUUGGGAAACACCUGCCCCCCCUCACUCACGCACUCAUGGCCGAUGCCUAUCUCCUGGUGCCGCCGGUCCUGAACCCCCUCGUGUACAGCUGGAAAACCAAGCAGAUCCGCAGGAGGAUCCUCAUCCUCCUCUGUCAGAGAAGGAGCCAGCAGCAUGCCUAGCCCUGGAGAGACACCGUGCCCAGGUCAGUCUCCCCCUCCCUUUCCUCUCCACGUAGGUUGCUCUCAGGCAAUUCCCUGUCUCGGAGAAAAGUCACUCACGUUGUGUCACUCCCCAGGAGAAACCAGUCACCCCGUCUGCAGUACAGCUCUUUUCCUUCCCAUGGAGGGAUGGAUUAUGGCAAUUCACUGUAUUCCACCUCCCAUUUCGGGAGGCUCCACUUCUCAGCAGCUCUGCAGGCGGGGAGAGGGGACUGCCGAGAGCAGGCUCUGGUCAAGGCACUCGCUGCUAAUGGCACCUUUGGUCCCUGAAGAAAUACAGUGUUACCAGACUUGUGCUUUUAAUUACAA